AGUCUUCUCGCUUGUGUUUUGUUCAACUUCCCUUACCUUACAUAGAAAGAGAGAACACAAAGCAAAGAACAAGAAUAACGUGUCAAAGGAACAAAAACAAACCAGAACUCAAAAUAAAAAAAAAAAAAAAAAAAAAAAAAAAAAAAAAAAAAAAAAAAAAACAGAACACCUUCUCUGUUCUCAUUCUUUCUCUGUCAAAACAGAACCAAAUCUUCCUCUUUUCUACACCCUCUGAUUGUGGGUCUCUUCUAUUGGUUCUGAAAACCAAGUUAUGAACAUGGGUUUUGUCUUUUAAGUUCAAAGUUUGAAGAUUUUUUCAUUAAUAUAUAAAGAAAAUAAAACUAUGAGUUGGAAAAGUAAAGGAGAAGUGGUUCCUAGAAGUGUUAUGUCACAUAAAUGGAUGGUUUUCUUGUGUAUUGGAAGCUUCUGCGCUGGCAUGUUUUUCACCAACAGGAUGUGGAAUAUUCCUGAGCCUAAAGGACUUGCAAGGAUAACAGCAAUGGAAGCUGAAAAAUUAAAUUUAGUUUCAGAGGGUUGUAAUUCAAGAAUUUUGCAAGAGAAGGAAGUGAAGAGGGAAACAAAAGACAUUUAUAAGGAUGUUUUCAAGACACAUAAAACCAUAAAAAAUUUGGACAAGACUAUUUCAAAUUUAGAAAUGGAACUAGCUUCUGCUAAGGCAACUCAAGAGUCUCUAAAAAGUGGUGCUCCUGUAUCAGAAGAAGAUAUCAUGAAAAGUGAAUCAACUGGUAAGAGAAGGUACCUAAUGGUCAUAGGAAUUAACACUGCUUUCAGCAGUAGAAAAAGAAGAGACUCGGUUCGCGCCACGUGGAUGCCACAAGGUGAGAAAAGAAAGAAGCUAGAAGAAGAAAAGGGCAUUAUCAUCCGUUUUGUAAUUGGUCAUGGUGCCACAUCAGGUGGAAUCCUAGAUAGAGCUAUUGAAGCAGAAGAUAGUAAGCAUGGAGAUAUCCUAAGGCUGGAUCAUGUUGAAGGAUACCUUGAAUUGUCAGCAAAGACAAAGACAUACUUUGCCACUGCUGUUAAUUUGUGGGAUGCUGAUUUCUAUAUCAAAGUUGAUGAUGAUGUUCAUGUUAAUAUAGCAACAUUGGGAGAAACUCUAGUUAGACAUCGAUCGAAACCUCGAGUGUACAUCGGAUGCAUGAAAUCUGGACCUGUUCUUUCUCAAAAAGGAGUAAGGUACCAUGAACCAGAACACUGGAAAUUUGGUGAAAAUGGAAACAAGUACUUUCGUCAUGCAACAGGACAAUUGUAUGCCAUUUCAAAAGAUUUGGCUGCAUAUAUUUCAACAAACAAGCAUGUUCUUCACAAGUAUGCAAAUGAGGAUGUGUCAUUAGGAGCUUGGUUUAUUGGACUUGAUGUUGACCACAUAGAUGAUAGAAGAUUAUGUUGUGGUACACCACCAGAUUGUGAAUGGAAGGCUCAAGCAGGCAAUGUUUGUGUUGCUUCAUUUGAUUGGACAUGCAGUGGAAUUUGUAGGUCUGCUGAAAGAAUAAAAGAGGUACACAAGAAAUGUGGGGAAGGUGAGAAAGCCUUGUGGAGUGCUUCUUUCUAGGAGGCAACAUGAACUUCUUCCUAACUCAGGAAGAUUAUAAUAUAACUAUAGCAAUGAAAUUAGGCUGCAAAAGUUUUUUUUUUCUUUUAUAUGUUUUAGAAUUAUAGAGAAAUUUUAUCUUACACGACGAAAGUAAAAAAUAAAGAAAAAGAGAAAAGAAAAGACUUGAAAUCUCUACGACUGCUUAGCGGUCGUAAACACGGAUAAAAAAGAGAAAGGACUUGCUUGAUGGAUCCUUGCAAUUUUAAUAAAGGAGAUUGAUCAUGGUAGUUACUAGAAUAGGUAGCAUGGGAAAGUCCCCUCAAUCAAUUCUUUUUUAUGCUUGAAGGGUCACCUUAUAUGUUAAUAGUUCCAUGCCAAUGUCUAGCUCCUAAUAAAUGUAGAUAACAUAUAUUUGGUUGGCUAUUGUGGCACUUCCUUUCAUUUAA